AUGGAUCCCUUUUAUGACGUCUACCACGACGGCCUUGUCCAAUUGGAGCGGCUCAGGUCCACGUCGCCCAACUCGCUGGACUUCAACAACAUCAAAACAGAGCUCAUAGAAACCAUCGGCGACCUCACAAACGCCCUGGAGGUGAUACAGCAGUCCAAGAACCGGGCCAAAACAGGCAACGGAAACGACACUUUCGCCCACAUAGACGCCGCGGAACUGCGCUCGCGCGAGGCCAAACUGCAAGACCUCAAGUCGCAGUUCAGCGACGUGCUCAAAUCCGUCGACCUGCCCGGCCAUUACUCAGACAACCCGUUCGAAGACCCGCCUCCCAUCGAUCAACAGUAUACCCAGCAGCUUUUGCAAGAGCAGGACGACAUCAUCUCGCACGACCUCACGAAGUCGAUCCAGAAUUUGCAUCAGCAGGCUCUCACGAUCGGAAACGAGCUCGACUACCACCAGGAGCUGCUGCAAGACGUGGAGCAGGAUAUUGACAGACUCAACUUCAAGAUGGUGAACCACGGCAUCAAAAGAAUCAAUAGAUUUCUCGAGACGAACGAGCGGGGCGGCAAUUGCUGCAUUGCCGUGCUUGUCGCUGUGCUAGUCAUAAUUUUAGUGUUACUGAUUGUGUUAUAG